UAGUAAAUGGGUUAAACUGUUGGCAUCAAGUUUCUUGUUCUCAGCUGCAAGAUAAUGUAGCAAAAUGUUGCUAUGGUUACCACUGUGCAAUCAUCAAGAAGCACACACACACACACACACUUGAUCAGUGAGGUAUUCAGACGCUGUGUGUGGUCUCUUCUGCUCAGUGUAUUGAUCAGACGGACUGGAGACUCGCUGGCAUCGGCUGCAGGAGUCAAUAGCAGCUUUGUGUGCAGCGGCGCCACCAGUGGCCAGACGGAGACCCAGUUCAGUCACUGCUCAUUUGUGUUGAGCGGAGAGAGACACGUGUGAACUCACUCAGGAUCUGAAGCGUGCGAGAUCGUUCGUCAGUUGAAGGAAUAACAGCUUGAAUGAUUGCUGCAGGUUCCAAACAAGCUUUGUAUUUCAGGCCUAAAGUCUCUUACAGCACUAAAUAAACUCAUCGGAGCCCUCGUGCGCUUACAGUAACACGCUUUCAGUGAACGUACAGCGAUCCAGAAUCACUUACUGAUCUCGUCUGUGUGGAGUUGCUGUAUUUUGUGUCAUGCUCAUGUAAAGACACAUAGUGAUGCACCAAAUCAAAAAAAAAAAUGGGUUUAACUGAAAUGGUUUUUAGGGCUGAAAUCAUUGAUCAAAAAUGAUGCAAGAACAGCAAUAUGUAAAACUUCUUUGACUGAAAUGUUGAGAGCAAAAAAGAACUUUCCUAUGACAAAUAUAAUUCAUCAGCUGAGAAUACAACACCCUGAACAACACGUUGGGUUCACUUAACCUCUAAUGUAAUUAGCUAAAUUACAACCAAUAUUGGUUUCCAACUAAAUAAAACUUUCAAAUUUUGGUUUCAGUGUUUCUGUAAAAUAUGAAACACUGAAAUUUCGGUGCGUGGUGUCAGACAGCAGAAAGAGAGCAGAUGCACACAGAGGCGUAGCAUUUUGAAGGGGCCCCUGAGGGCUGAUCUUUUACAUAAUUAGAAAUGUUAAUAUUAGUGUCUUUUUACACUGAAUGUGAAUUGCCCAACUUGUUGGCAGAGGCUAUUUAUACUAACUCCGGCCACCAGUGUCUGAUGGGAUAGAAAACAUUACAUAAGACACACGAUUCGCAGUAGAAACAGAGGCGCGAGUCAUAAGGCGAUCAGUCGUAACUUUUGACGCGAUCGAGCCGAGUUUGAAUCCACCUUUUGCCAAACUUGUUCUUCUCCCUUUUCCCAUCACAUAUCAGAUCACAAAGGCUUUAUAUUCAAUAAAAAUGAAAUAAAUAUUCAAAAAGUGUCAAUUAAGUGCCUCACAGGCAGGUUUAGGGUUAGGUGUAGGGAGGGAGUGCUUUAUUGUCCCUUUAAGACCGCAUUAGUUUUAUAAUGUACUACAGUACUAAAGUGCAGAUAUCUGCCACUAUUUACACUAUUGCAUAUCUAACUAGCUACUAUUUACACUUAUUGCAAAGAAAAUACUGUUUCUACAUAGUGCAAAUACAAUCUAUUGUAUCACAUGUAGCGUGUAGAUCUCAUCACGUGUGUGUGUGUGUGUGUGUGUGAGAGAGCUGCAGGUACAGACUGUCAGAUCUUCAUUCAAUGCUGCUCGUCCGUCUGUCUGUCUGUCUCCAUUCAAACCAGUACAGAGUGACAGACUGUGUGUGUGUGUGUGUGUGUGUGUGUGUGUGUGUGUGUGUGAGUGUGUUCUUUGGCUGUGUUGCCAUGCUUACGAGGGAAUUCUGCCAAGUAAGGAAAUUUCAUUCAGUCUGCUGUGAAGCAUCAGCAGCGAAGGAGAUGAUGGAGAGCCGCUGGCGUCUGUUCUCCUGUCAUUGAGCGUCUGCUGCAUAGAGAUUCUCCAAACCUCAGCUCAGUGCUUGAAGUUACUUUCAGCUAGAAUGGCAGCACCACCUACUGGUCAGUCCGUCGCCUGCGUGGUGGAGGAGGGAUUGUGGGAAUGUGGCCUGUCGUAUGAGUGCCGGACACUGCUUUUCAAGGCCAUUCACAAUCUGCUAGAAAGAUGUUUGAUGGAUAAAGAUUUUGUCCGCAUUGGGAAGUGGUUUGUCAAACCUUACAGGAUUGAGGAGAAACCCCUCAGCAUCAGUGAGCACCUGUCGUGCUGCUUCUCAUUUUUCCUGCACGGCGACAGCAGUUUGUGCACCAGCGUGGAGGUUUUGCAGCAUCAGCCGCUGCAUCGCGUGAUGGAGGAGCACAUGUGUCUCGCUCAGAGCCGCUCGCUGCAGGUGGUGCUGAGUCCGUACGGUCUGUGCGGGACGCUGACGGGCCGGGCAUUUAAGAUGAGUGACCCUGCGGUGAGGAAACUCAUGGAGGACUGGAGUCAUUUCUACCCCGUGGUGCUGAAACACAGAGAGACGGAUGGCGGGGACAGGGAGCUGACCUUUGACCCUCACAGUUACGCCGCACUCGAGGUCAUCGUAGGAGGCGUGCGGAUGGUUUACCCAGAAGCCUUAGUGCUGGUGGCUCAGAGUGACGCACCUGUGCAGGUGUCGGUCAGAGACUCGCCCCUCACCCCCCCCACCUCACCUGGACAGCCCUGCUCAGGAGACAGCGGCUAUCAGACGACUGCAUCUAGCCACGAGAACGCUCCAAACGUCAGCCCAAAGCAUUCUGGGAAGAAGCUGAUGAAUCAGGUGCUCCAUGAGGCCUGGAGGGAAUGUUACGUCAGUCCUCUUCAGCUCAGCGGUCGCGCUCAGAGCGUGUGGGGAUUCUCCAGCCCGAGAGAUCCGCUUCCCUGCGGCUGCUCCAGGUUGAAGCAGCAGCAGAUGAACGGCACGAGCUCAUCCACCGGCUCCAUCCCUCCGUCCUCCACCCAGAAACACAAGUCAGUCGAAAAGCCCGAUAAACCCGAGAAGGGCCCCAAGCGUGCGUCUCUGACCCCGUUCCACCACCGCGAGUGUGACUCCAUGCCUCCGUCUGACUGCAAAUACUCCAAACCUCCGAGAAGAGCCCCCGAGGGUCUCCUUCAUUCUCCCGGAUCACCGCAGCCGCCCACGCUGAGCCCCCACCCACGGACGCCGGGCCCCGAGCUGACCGAGGCCCCUGUGUGUGUGGAGGGGCCGUCGGGCCCCAUGCACGUGGAGACGAGGGAAAGCCUGCAGAACGGGACGCCUCCGGCCGUAAAGGACACCGCCGGAGAAUGGUGGAGAAGAUACAAGAUUCCCACCGCAGACGAGAUGGAGUUUAAACCUCCGGAUCUUUGCUGCGAUUCAGACGAGAACCGGCCGGAGAACGAAGGAGCCGCACUCAAGAGACUGUUCACGCAGAUGCAGAAGAGGUUGAAGAUCUCAGAGGAGCAUGUGAGGAAAGACAUCCCGCCGCAGGCCGGAGCGGACGAUCCCGCCGAUGAUCCGUACGACUUCAAGGAGGGAGACAUUGAGUACAGCUUCCCCGCCACAAAAAAGCUGAAGGGAGCGAGCCGAGACCCCAGCCGCAAAUCUAAGGCUGAGGAGGUUCCUGAGGGGAAAGAUGCCAUGUCCAUCUUUAGUUCAGCCCCAAAGUCAGAAGAGUCAAAUCCAGAUGAAUCGGAUGCCAAAGGAAAGCCUCCCUUGACCAGAGAGAAGGAUCUCAUCGUGCUCAUCUCUGACCUGGAGAACAUCUUUGGGGAGGAGGAAGAUGAACUUGCGAGGACAUUUCCGAGCCAGCAGUCAGUUAAGACUGGGUCUGUGGCAGCUGAGGAGCGGACGCAAGGGUUCGAGGGGAGAUCUGCAGCGCCGUAUCCCUCCACAGUAGCAGAGCUGCAGCGCAUGUUCCCCACGCCUCCGUCUCUCGAGCAGCACGCCGCCUUCUCUCCCAUCAUGACCUACACCCCCAGUCAAGAGCCAGCCGGGCCCCCAGCGGCUCCCGAUCAGCCCAGCGAUCAGAUCACCAACUUCAAGACGGACCUGGAGGAAGACAUGUGCGAGGAUGUACGUCCGCUGAUUGGUUGCUCCGUUUACGCUCCACUGCGAUCCUUACCCAGCCAGUGUUUGCCUGCUCUUGAAAUCCCUGAGCACUGCUACUACAGACCAUCAUGGACCGAUAUGAUCAAAAUGGAGCAGUACUGUCUGAACGCUCAAAAUCCCUUCAGCAGGGAUGCAUACAUCAGUGGUGCUCUUCUGGAGCAGGACUACGCUCCCAUGACCACGAGCGCCGCCGGAACCCUGCCCUCCCCAGGCGCCUCUCGCUUCUCUGUGCCGACCCCGCGCACCCCCCGCGGCAGACCGGACAGCACCGAACCCAGCUCGCCAGCGUCAACCCCGUCCACCAGCGCACCGCUCAGCUCGGUCGAGCCCUCCGCAUCGGGACCGCCGCUGCCCGAGGCGCACAGUCUCUACGUUACACUGCUGCUGUCCGAUUCCGUCCACAAUAUUUUCAAGGACCGCAACUUUGACAGCUGCUGCAUCUGUGCCUGUAACAUGAAUGUUAAAGGGGCGGACGUUGGUGUCUAUAUCCCAGACUCCACCUGUGAGGACCAGUACCGCUGCAUGUGCGGCUUCAGCGCAAUCAUGAACCGAAGGCUAGCGCAUGGGGCGGGCCUCUUCCUGGAGGAUGAGCUGGAUAUAUUCGGCCGUGGCUCUGAGGCGGGUCAGGCGGCAGAGAGGAGGCUGGCGCUGUGCAGACGAGACCCUCCUGAGGAGCCACAGACGCCUGCCUCAGUGAUCGCUCUGCUACAGGAGCAGUGCUCUCAGCCGAUCUCGUCCCUGACCUCCCUGACCGGCUGUUCCUGCCGUGGCCGCCAGGGGGCACUGCUGCAGAGCUGGGCGGUUGAGCGGCUGUGGACAGACAGCAGCGACGCGUGUGUGGAGUGUUAUAACGCUCUGGUGCAGGGACUACAGUAUGUGGACAAUGCGGCUGGAGGGAAGGUGGAACAGGCUACGGUGAGGAGCAGCGCACUGCACGCCUGGCCACAGACCAGCGUGCUGGACAUCAGCAAGCUGUCCUCUCAAGACGUGGUGCGGAUGCUGCUGUCCCUCCAGCCGUUCCUGCAGGACGCGAUCCAGAAGAAGAGGACGGGCAGGAGCUGGGAGAACAUCCAACAUGUUCAGGGUCCUCUCACAUGGCAGCAGUUCCACAAGAUGGCUGGACGAGGUUCUUAUGGUUCUGAGGAAUCCCCAGAGCCGCUGCCGAUCCCCAGCGUGCUGCUGGGAUACGAUCAGGAAUUUCUGGCUCUGUCUCCGUUUGCUCUUCCCUUCUGGGAGAAGUUUUUGCUGGAACCAUACGGAGGUCAGAGAGACGUGGCCUUCCUGGUGCUGUGUCCCAAUCAUAACGCCCUGCUCAGCAGUGCCAGAACCUUCUUCCAGGAGCUCAGUGCCGUCUAUGAGACGUGUCGGCUGGGGAAGCACCGGCCGCUGGUGCGGGUGUCCAGAGACGGGAUUGUCCCGGUGGGAUCAGUGCAGUGUGAGGAGGAGUCCGGUGAUCAGUGGUCCUCUGGGCUCUGGACUGGACAACAUCAGGAGGAAAACCUCAACAAGCUCAAACUCUACCAGCACACCUGCAGACACACACUUGGGCCGCAGCUCUCCGCCCUGACGCUGGACAGCAGCCUUCUCCUCCCUCCAAAGCCUCCACCCGCUUCUGUUCCUCUCACCCCACCAGCAUCCAUCCAACAGCCGGUGUCCACUGAUGGAGACGGCACCUCAGGAAACACAGACGCAGGACAAGCGGUUACGGGAGACUCAAACACCACACCAUCAGCAGAGAAUGCCGAGAGCUCGGCAGAGAGGGACCGGAUUGGCAUUCCGACAGGGGCGGAGUCAGCGGAUAGCCACGCCCACCUACCAGCCAUCGUGCUUUAUGUGGUGGAUCCCUUCCUGUGUCCGGGGGCGGGGCCAGGAGCCGAAGAGGGCGGGGAGAAGAGCGUGUGGCUUCUAGCGCUGCUGCGCUGCUACACAGAGAUGCUGAGCGCGCUUCCCGAGAGCAUUCAGUCUGCGCUGGUGCUGCAGGUGUUGCCGUGUCAGCAUCUGUUGCAGCCGGCCGGCGGAGAGAGUCCUGAGUUCCUGCAGCUCCUGCGAUCGCUGGCCUUCUCCACAUACUCACAGAGCCGCCGCAUGUUUCCCAGACAGACGAGCAUCAGGUCCCUCACUGGAUUCGGCCCCGCGUCCACCGCACAGGCAGCGCUCAGGAGCCCCGAGAGCCCCAGUGUGACGCGUCUGUACUGUCCUGCCUUUAUCCUGGCUCCGUGGCGCAGCAAACCGGCCGAGGCGGGCGACGUGUCUUGGGACGCUCCCUCGCGCUGUAACGUUCUGUUCGUGGGAUACUGUCUGUCUCACGACCAGCGCUGGAUCCUGGGCUCCUGCACGGAUCAGCAGGGCGAGCUGCUGGAGACCUGCGUCAUCAACAUCCACCUGCCCAACAGAGCCCGGCGGCCCAAGGUCUCUCCUCGGAAAACUGGCCUCCAGAAGUUAUGGGAAUGGUGCGUGGGCGUUAUGCAGAUGACAUCACUGUCGUGGAGGAUCGUGAUUGGUCGUUUGGGAAGACUGGGCCACGGGGAACUGAAAGACUGGAGUGUGCUGCUGGGCGAGCAUUCUCUGCAUUCGAUUGGCCGCCAGCUGCGGGAGGCGUGUCUUGUGUGUGGUCUGUCCGCUGCUGAUUCGCCGUCUGUUCUCAGCGCCUGCCUGGUUUCUGUGGAGCCGCAGGGAUCUUUUGUGGUGAUGCCAGAUGCGGUGACGAUGGGCUCAGUGUUCGGCCGCAGCACUGCUCUGAACCUGCAGACGUCUCAGCUCAACACUCCUCAAGACGCCUCCUGCACACACAUCCUGGUGUUUCCCACCUCCUCCACCACACAGGUGCCCCCCAGCACCUACCCCGCUGAAGACAACCCCGACGAUAUGUUUGGUUUGCCCUUCCCCGACGAGCUGGAGAGCGACAUCGGUCACGAUGACAUGAUGCUGCUGACCGGAACGCUGCAGCCAUCUCCUGCUCCGUCGCCUGGAUCUCCGUCCGGCCUGGGCUCCGGGUCACAUCUCCAGCACCCACGGGGUCCGGGCGAGCGCCUGCUGUCCCGGGACGCUCCGGAGGAACUGAAGCAGCAGCCGCUGGCUCUGGGGUAUCUGGUGUCCACGGCUCCGGCCCACGGCCUGCCGCACUGGUUCUGGGCGUCCUGUCCUCAAGCGCAGCAUCAGUGUCCGCUCUUCCUCAAGGCGUCUCUGCAUCAUCACAUCUCCAUCGCUCAGACGGACGAUCUGGUGUCUGGUAAGACGUCUUCACGGAUUCACCCGCUGGACUCCAAAACCACCUCAGACGUGCUCAGGUUUGUUCUGGAGCAGUAUAACGCUCUGUCCUGGCUCACCUGCAGUCCUUCCGCUCAAGACCGCCGCUCCUGCCUCCCCGUUCACUUCACCGUCCUCUCGCAGAUGUACAACGCCAUCCUCCAGCUCCUGUAGACCUCAGACGGGACACAGAGUCCUCCAGGCUCCUACAGGAGGAGCAGACGCUGGAGACGUUUGAGAAACACACUGCCAACUCAUGCUACAGAAAUCCUUCAGAGAGAGAGAUGAAGUAUAAUCAUCUAUAUGUGACUCUGGACCACAAAGCCAGUCAUAAGGGUCAAUGUUUUGAAAUUGAGGUUUAUACAUCAUCUGAAAGAUGAAUAAAUCAUCUUUCCAUUGAUGUAUGGUUUGUUAGGAUCGGACAAUAUUUGUCUGAGAUGCAACUAUUUGAAAAUCUGGAAUCUGAGGGUGCAAAAAAAUCUAAAUAUUGAGAAAAUCACCUUUAAAGUUGUUCAAAUGAAGUUCUUAGCAAUGCAAAUUACUAAUUAAAAAUUAAGUUUUGAUAUAUUUACGGUAGGAAAUUUACAAAAUAUCUUCAUGGAACAUGAUCUUAAUAUCCUAAUGAUUUUUGGCAUAAAAGAAAAAUGUAUAAUUUUGAUCCAUACAAUGUAUUGUUGGCUAUUGCUACAAAUAUAGCUGUGCUGCUUAUGACUGCUUUUGAAGAUUUAAUUUGCAAAAACAGAUAACUUUUAUUUUCAAAAAUCAUGUUUUUUUGUGUUAGUUAGCUGUUUGUUAUUUUUUAGCCUAGCCAAAAAAACUCAACUGCAGUUUCAUUGAGAUUAAUUGGAAUGCACAAUGAAAAAACAACAUGAUUUUUGAGAAUUGUUAAAAAUGUUAUCCGUUUAUCAGUUAUCUGUUUUUGCAAAUGAACUCUUCUUUUGUGCUCCAGGGUCACAUAAUAAAAACAGAGCAGCAUUAUGUUUCUGAUGGGUUCUCAUAAAAAGGCACUUUUAUGAGCCGACAUCGAACUGAUGAACUUGAUAAGGAACGCCUGAUGUGUGUUCAUUGUGUUAAAGCAUUGGCAGAGAAUUGUUUUUAUUAAACUUUUGAAUCGA